AUGGAAGACGGUGAUUCUAAUCCACCCUGGAAUCGUCUCGAGAAUCCCGUCAGUAUUGGAUCAGAUAUGACGACACUCGGUGUGGUUGCAGGUCCAUUAACGCCCUACCUUGCUGCGGAAAAGCCUGCUUCCAGGAGACUUUCGACGGGUGAAACGGUACAGCAGAAUGAUAGAGUUUUAAGCAAUCCUCAAUGCCAGGGUCGUGGCUUACUGGGCCUUCUCCCGUCUCAAAUAAUUGAGAAGAUUUUGUAUACCGUCGACGCAAACUCUUUCGCGUCUCUUGCUCUGUUAAAUAGGAAAUGGCGGGCAGUGUCUGAUCUUCCUGCAUUAUAUCGUUAUCAUCUAGAUGGCUGUACAUCUCCUGCUUUGCGCAACGAUGAUAGCGUGCGGCACCCUUGGCUAUCAGAAGAUCUGUGGCAGUUGAAGCGCAGGUUUGCCCGUGAGACUCGGAGAAACCUGUUCGAAUCUUUUCUCAGGCCACAGAAAACCGUGAUCAACCUCAUUUCAACUUCGGCAAGCUCAUCAUCCGCAUUUCCCCAAGGAGAAGCAUUCCAAUUUACUUUCUCAGCAAAUGGGAAUCAAUUGCUUGCGUUAAGUUCAUCUAGGAUUUUCGUGAUUGACCUAUCCAUAGAUCCAAUAUCUGUUUCUUACGAAUUAAAGACUUUGCGACGACCUGUCGCGGCUGCCAUUGUUGACGACGCAAGCCUACUGGCGGUGGCUUCUUCGUCUCACCAAGCGAAUGUCUACCGCCUCAUUGGCGGGAAUGUGAAGUUAAUCCAGGCCAUUACUUUAGACAAUAUUCCUCGUACAAUCUCAUUAUCUCCGGAAGGGACAGUUUUAGCCAUCGCUUAUGAUGGAAGUAUCGAGGUUCAUGCUCUGGGAGAGAUGGCACUGGCAACAGAUCGCAGGGCUGUGCGAUGUUUCCAUACCGAUAUGUUAUCGUUCUCACGGGAUGGUUUGAUGUUAGUUGGCUCGUCGAACGAUCCGCUUGAAGCCAGAAUGGUAUCCAUCUCCCCGCCUCUUUAUAUGGACCUGGAUUCCGAGCUGCCUUCGCCAGAGUUGCAGUCCCGAAUGUGGACAACCCAGAUAUUAUCUCCGGAUAUCACGAUUGGGUACAAUAACGUCACUCUCGUUCCAUCGACUGUUGUUGAUGCAGGCAUCACUUGGAUUGUUGGAUAUGACACCCAGUUACAAGUUUUUCGGCUUGGCCAGAUUGAUGAUGCUAGGGGUGGGUUUACGUACUUUGUGGGACCCGGAGGUGACGGCGAGAUAAAAGAACCCGGCCCAAGCUUUGUUCCUACUGCAGGCUGUAAUGGGGAACUAUUGGUAUUGGGCUUCCAAGGAUCUGGGGUAUGGCUAUAUGGUAUUCCAGAUGUUUCGGAUCGACCCUCUGCAUCGAAUGUCGUGCUAGAGAAAAAUUGGGGUUCAAAACCAGUCCGUACAAAUUCCCAGAGACUGAACAAGGUGAUAACACCACCCAGCCACUUGAUCCAUGGGCGGGUAUUGUCAUCUAUGAAUGAUAUCACCGCAAUAAAGUGGGUGGAUGGCGUCAACCCUGGAAGCUCGGGAACGAAACGUCUCCAGCGACUCGUGGCAGCAGCUCCUGGCGGCGUUAACUCUUUCUUGGGAGAAAUGUGUGAUGGUAUUUUGCCAGUCGAUGGCGGCAGGAUUGUCAUUUUUGACUUUGCGCGUUCAUCGACUGAUGGGAAUACAGUUGAGUUGACAAUUGAGGUAGGCGAAGCGGCUCCAAUACCUCUACCGGAACAGGAUUCAACUAUGGAUGUCGAAGUUGAGCUGGAGAGAAGGAGAACGCGAGUUAAUAGACGCAGAGGGUCGGGGAGAAAUCGCAAUACUGUCAUUGAGCGCUCUGCUACGCUCGCCAGACAUCGUGCCAGCAUUGGAAGUACGCGUUUUGAAACUCCACCUGUCCCAACUAGGGUUCACCGAAAUAGCUUUUCUCAGCCUAGUUCCCCUACAGAUCCCAACUCAGCUGUCGACAUCCAUGCUAUUGAGAUUCCGUAUACCAACAACCAACCACGAUCUCAAAACCUCCUUAGUCGAGCAGCUACGCCUGCAACGCCUGCAGCGCCUGACCAUGAUCGGAAUCAUUUCCAAAAUGCCCGCUAUGCAAAUUCAGUUUUGGUGAACCGGCGACCACUGGUGCCGCACGAAAGUGAUGCAGACAACUGGGUUCCUCCUCCGCCACCUUAUACCCCUGAUGCGGAUGAGCCUCUGCCAGAUCAUAUUCAAAGGACGCUACUGUCCUCGCCGACUAACCGUCUGCCACUGAGGUCUCAUGGAAAUGUUACCCAUGACCUGCGACGCACACAAACAUCCCGAGUUGAAUCCACUGCACAUAAUGCUACAGAACGAACGAGGUCAGCCAUGGAACGUAUUCCCCUUCUCAGGAUGAGAGUGGGAACGCCACCAGAGACUUCAGGGCAAGGAAACCUACUUAGAAGGAAUAAUACCUCACAUUCCUCCUCUAGUCAUACAAGAGCAGCUACCGAUGGCGUAUCCGGGAUGAUUUCUGCAACCGAGAGCCAGUCUGGUAUUCACCAGGUUCGCCAUAUUGGAAGCCGUCCGAUAGGGCCUCCCGUACUGAACCAUGGAGAUGGAACUGAGCCAUCUUUCUUUCCCGCCCCGCCUCAACCCCCUGUACUAAAUACACAAGCAUCGUCAUUGACAGCAGAAUUUCCAAACACUAGGCCGCCCCGGGUAUCAUCUUUGGAAAAUCCAAGCCCAAAUUUAUCUAUUAUUCCUGGGUCUGCUUUGGGAGCUGGGUCAAUGCCUGCCCGAGUAAUUGGUAGGAAUGGGCCUACAGAUCAUUUCGACUUAGAUCCUAAUACAUCACCCCCAGCCGCCACUUCCGACUUCAUACACACAGAAAAUAGACGACUGUCAGCUACACGUGAUUCUAUUGAGGGUUUCCCAACAGCAAGACAGUCCACUCAUUCGAGAUCAUCGCUAUCGGAUUCAAUACGCACACACUACACCUACCGUUAUUCCAUUCCACCCAACUUUUCACCGAUUAUUACAAAGCCUCAGGCCAUGUCCUCACCUCAUCUUCAAUCUCAUGAACCUCGUCGUGUCGAGGCCCUUGAUAACGUCCAUUCCAACCAAGAAACUCAACAUUCUAGGCCAAGAUCGCAAGAUAUACCACGUCGCAGGCUCGCAAUUGGUGGCGCCUUUUUUGACACACGCUCAGGCCGGAUGAUUUCAAGUUCUCAUUCUGAUGCAGAGGUAGGACGACGGGGGAGGGACGAAGAGCUGAGAGGUAGAAUGACUGAAUGGAGCGACGGUGAUGGAGAAAGGAAAAAGAGAAAGGAGGGUAGGUGUUCAAUUCUUUGA